ACUUUUUCAAAACAUAAGAAAGGAGUAAUUUUUACUGAAAAAGCUUUGCGUUGAUAUCUGAGCUCUAUACGAGAGUGUGAAGGUCCCUGCGACCCUGCCGGGUCUGUGUAUACCAGGGGGCCAUAUGGGCUGACAAAAACAGAGCAAAAGCGAAAAGUGGAAGCAUCCAGUACUGACGACCUAUGGCCUAUGGACUACCGAAACAAAACAAUAGAGUGGAGAGGUCCCAGUUCAAAAGUUGCACGGGAGAGAAAGCACGGUGGUUCUCUUGUCCCAAUGCAGAUUGAUGGAGCAGCCAAGAUCAUGGCUUUGAUUUGAGUGAUUCCUCCCUUUCCUCCAUGCCGAUCUUCUACUAGCACCAACAACAACAAUGGCUGUGCAGUUCUUGCUGCAUUUCAUGGGGUUCUUGGUGAUCUUGACGUGCUUGAGCUUGACAAUGCCGGCGACAGCAGCGUCGGUGCGGCAGCCGGAGCCGGAGUUGAAGCCGAGCGACACGGACGCGCUCACCAUCUUCCGCCACGGCGCCGACGCCCACGGCAUCCUGGCUGCCAACUGGAGCACCGGCGACGCCUGCGCCGGCCGCUGGACCGGCGUGGGCUGCUCCGCCGACUGCCGCCGCGUCACCUCGCUCUCCCUCCCGUCGCUUGACCUGCGGGGUCCGCUCGACCCGCUCUCCCACCUCGGCGAGCUCCGCGCGCUCGACCUCCGCGGCAACCGCCUCAACGGCACGCUCGACACGCUCCUCGUCGGCGUCCCCAACCUCGUGCUGCUCUACCUCUCCCACAACGAUCUCUCCGGCGCCAUCCCGGACACUAUCGCGCGGCUCUCUCGCAUCAUCCGCGUCGAUCUCGCUGAUAACAGCCUGCGCGGGCCCAUCCCGGCGGCGGCGCUCGCCAAUCUCACCGGCCUCCUCACGCUCAAGCUCCAGGACAACCUCCUUACUGGCCUCCUCCCCGACAUCUCCACCGCGCUCCCCCGCCUCGCCGAGUUCAACGCCUCCAACAACCAGCUCUCCGGCCGGGUGCCCGACGCCAUGCGCGCCAAGUUCACCCUUGCCUCCUUCGCUGGCAAUGCCGGCCUCUGCGGGCCUGCGCCGCCGCUGCGGCCCUGUUCUUUCCUGCCGCGCGAGCCCGCCCCGACUUCGCCUUCUUCCGUGCCUUCGCAGUCCGUGGUGCCAUCCAACCCGGCGGCGUCGUCCUCGUCUUCCGUUGCUUCGUCUUCACCGGCAUUGGCCACACCGGAGUCUCUCAAUGGGUCUGGCAAGGGGGGUUUGAGCCCCGGCGCAAUUGCCGGAAUCGCUGCCGGCAAUGCCCUGUUCUUCUUGGUUCUGUUAUCACUGCUUGUAGCGUGUUGCUGCUGUCAAGGCAGCAGCAGCGAGCCGGCCAAGAAGAGGAAGAGACGCGGCCGCGUUGGCUUGGAGGACGGAGACGGCGGGCUGUUCGGCCACCUCAAGGGUGAGCAACCGGCUCGCCCGGGCAGUGCAGGCAGAUGCAGCGACGGCGGCGACACCGACGGGGCGCGCAGCAAGCUGGUGUUUUUCGGGGUGGACGGCGAGGGCGGCGAAGGUGACGAUGACGACGACGGCGACAGCGAUGGCAGCGCCAGGAGGAGGGCGAGGGGCGGCUUGACGUCGACGUCGCUUCAGCAGGGGCGGAGGAGCAGGUUCAAGCUGGAGGAGCUGCUGCGUGCGUCGGCCGAGAUGGUCGGCAGAGGCAGCCUGGGGACCGUGUACCGCGCGGCGCUCGGGGACGGGCGCCUGAUCGCCGUGAAGCGGCUCCGUGAUGCUAACCCCUGCGCGCGCGAGGAGUUCCACCGGUACAUGGACCUCAUCGGCCGCCUCCGCCACCCAAACCUCGUCCCCUUCAGGGCCUUCUACUACGCCAAGCAGGAGAAGCUCCUCAUUUACGACUACCUCCCCAAUGGCAACCUACACGAUCGCCUCCACGGACACCGGAUGUCGGGAGAGUCGCCAUUGGACUGGACGACGAGGGUGAGGCUGUUGCUCGGCGCGGCGCGCGGGCUGGCAUACAUCCACCGGGAGUACCGCAUGUCCAGCAUACCGCACGGCAACAUCAAGUCCUCCAACGUCCUUCUCGACAAGGACGGCGGCGCCCGCGUCGCGGAUUUCGGCCUCGCGCUACUGCUCAGCCCCGCGCACGCCAUCGCCCGUCUCGGAGGUUACAUGGCUCCCGAGCAGUCAGACAACAAGCGGUUGUCCCAGGAGGCCGACGUCUACAGCUUCGGCGUGCUUGUCCUGGAGGCGCUGACCGGCAAGGUGCCGGCGCAGCACCUGCAGCCGUCGCCCGGUGCCGACGUGCAUAGGAGAGACAAAAAGAGCGCGACGGCGGUGAGCCUCCCGGAGUGGGUGCGGUCCGUGGUGCGGGAGGAGUGGACGGCGGAGGUGUUCGACGUGGAGCUGCUCCGGUACAGGAACAUCGAGGAGGAGAUGGUGGCGAUGCUGCACGUCGCGCUGGCGUGCGUCGCGCAGCAGCCGGAGCAGAGGCCCUCCAUGGCCGACGUGGUGAGGAUGAUCGAGAGUGUACCGGUGGAUCAGUCGCCGCUGCCAGAUGAGGACAGGGAUGUUUCGGUGACGUCGCCGUCCAUCGGCAUUACCACGGACGAUGGAGAUGAUCGUCUCCGCUACUAGUUCAGCCUCUGCUUGCCCUCGUUCUUGGCUGCGAUGUUCUUCAACCUAGUGCUGUAACUUCGGUAUACAAUAUGCUUGAAACCGAGGGCUGUUCGUUUGCCUGACCUAAGUAAUCGCUGUGUUCGCAUGUCAAAGUCUGCGAAUACUCUCGACCUGCUGAACGUCUGAAUGAUGCUUCACUUGUGCAUUCAGAAGUUGCUAUCGCAGCUGGCAGCGUAGGGAGCUGCUUGCUGCUGCAGUUUCUCUGCUUAAAAGAUGUUGGUAUAUGUGUCUCUUAUGGUUAGGGAUCUAA